AUGCCUAUUGCAGACCUUGCCGUUACCACUGGCACAGCUGGCACAGCUGGCUCUCGGCCAUUUGUCGUGAGGUUAGAUGUGCCUUGUCUCCAGUAUUACUGCUACCCAUUGGAGCUUCUUCAGGCAGGACUUGUGAGCUGGAAGUACGUACAGGAGUGGUUCAGGCUGGUCGAUCGCCGGCAUCGGCAAGUCGCAGGCUUGUUGAGGGACACCAUUACUCAUGAAGCGGCGUGGCGAGAAUUUCUGGAUAUUCUUGAUGAUUGUCAAAGGCCCAAAGAUCUUCGCAAUGUUGCACUAAUGGCUUAUGUCUUUGAGAUCAAGUAUCCCGCAUUGCAUCAGAUAGCUACCAAAUCUUUACAUGGGAAUGGCGAGAGGAGUGGUCGCCCUCGACUGAUUCAGGUAGACGAUAUAGCCGAGUGGAGAAUCUUUGACCGCGCAGAAAAGCUCCUCAAGCCCCUCAAGCGUUUCAAAGACCGACAGCAUGGUUUUGAUCCCCUCCUGGUUGGCGUGUUUCCCUCACCACGAAUCUUUACGAGUGAGGAUCAAGGGCGCUUUACCCUCUUCCUUCAUAGCCCUGGUUUAAAGAUUUUGCAAACUCGCUCUCCCUCUGGCAAUAGCGAAGAGGGCUCAUGUGUUGUGCGCCCGUUGGAUAUCAUUGGUCAGAUCUAUGGAAGAGAGGUUCAGGACAACUUGAACUUGUGCGACCAACAAUAA